AUGUUUUCGUUUGCUUCUGGAAGGCCGGUCUGGCACCUGCUAGCAUGUUUUGCGACACUCUUUAUGCUUUAUUCGUCGGUCGCCUUCUGGUUCAGCACGCAGAUAACGAUCGCCAGCGAGCGAUAUCCAGACAGUCUCACAGCGAUCUUCACGCCUCAAACUAUCGAUGCGCUCAACCAAGACGUACGCUUACAUGACGCACUGCUGUCGCUCACGGACGCUAUUGCAUACUCGUCAAGUGAUAUCGGUAGACGAUUUCGCUUGGAAAGUCUGAAAAGUCUCGGGUCUAAUCUAACGGACGGAGUCAACAACCUUCGCAACAAGCAUCGACUAGAGUUAAAAAGGCGGGAUAUGAAAGAUGAUCUAAGCGGGGCCUUCCGAGAUUUGACAGGUGGUGCUGUUAGCAUAGGCGGGUUGAAUAUGACGGGUGGGCUGACGAGUGUACUGGGCAGUCUAGGAGAUUUGAUGGUUGGCUCACUCGGAACGCCUGCUUUGUUUCUGGGUAUCGGUCUAGGCAUGGGUACAACGACUGCUCUCAAUUUGACCAACAUGGAAGAAGCCAACGCGAUAGCUUCGAACAUUGCAACCGCUUACAACGCUUCAGCAACAGGUGCGAACCUUGCCGCUCAACAACUCGGCAGCGGGCUAUCUAGACAGAUUACUCCCUCGUUCGGCAGCAACAAAAUCUCUCUUGGCCCUGCGGCUUUUGCGCUAGCAUCUGGUAUCGGAAAUGCAACUGCAGUGGGCUUUGGAUUGACACAUCAACGAUUGACGCCAUCGGCAGACUCGAGCAUUGAGGGCGUAGCUGGAAAUCUCGGUCUUGGAGUUGCUAUGCCCAUCAUAUCCAACCUUCAUCUUCAAGCCAUGGUUAGGAGCUUGAGGAACAGCUCUAGUUUCUCCAUGCUGACGCAGAAGCUUCCUGAGCUUGCUGCUGCUGCUGGUCUAGGUAUAGGAGAGGGCGCAAGGAACGGCCUGGGGUUCACCGCGUCGAAGUCGCCAGCGCCCGAACACCGGAAGCGACAAUCGAAGAAUACUGUCAUGGAAACCACGGACUUUCCUGGGACUGUGCAAGCUUUCGCCCGAGGUCUCAGUCAAUCGUUCAUCCAAGACAGCAACUUUUCAACCUUCACCGUUGGCACUAUCACGGUUUUUCCUAAUCAAACCGAGCUUCAGGGCAUGCUGCGGCCUAUAGCAGCAGGAGCUGGUGCAGGUAUAGGCAUGGGAGUCGCCAUCGGGUUGAGCUUCAAGCCUGCAGACUCGAAACCGAUACUUGCUGGUAACAUUACUGGAGAUGACGAGCAGACAGCUUUAACCGCAGAAAGUUUCACGCAAAACAUCUUCUCUAACCUCCUUACAAAUAGCUCGGCUAUCCAGCAAGCCAAACAGUUCAUAGCGAGCAAUCCGCCUCAGGCGUUCCAGAACAUAGAUGGCGCCAAGGCGGCGGAAGGCUUCGCUAGAGGUACCAUUGAAGGAGUUGUAAGCGCGAUGUACUCUGUCGGAGGGGUGAAGAACUUGAUAAGUGGCAAUGUCCCGAAAACCGCAUACGACGAAGUGCCAGUCCUGGCGCCGACACAGUUCAACGACAGUGUAAAUGGCUCGGCUGUGGGCUUUGCACGAGGUCUUACUGGCAAGGCGACGAUCCUGAUUGCUGAGAUUGCCAGAAAUCUCACGCAAGGCAUGCCGAAGUCCGAGACACGUUCAUCACGUACAAGAAGUAUCGAAGAAGCACAUGAGGAUCCCAGUGUAGUGACAUCCAGCCUACUUUCUGUCCGCCAGGCCGAAGCGCAAGCUAAAUUCCCUAUUGCUAUCGACGCAGAGACAGCACAGAUGGGCGCUCAGAAAGUGAUCGAGACCUUCACAUGCUCAGGAAUUGGUGGCAUUGCAGCAGCAGCUUUGGGUGCUAUGACUGCGGUCAAAGCGAAUGCUAGUAUGAUGAGUAUGGCAAUGGGCCAAUCUGGUCCACCUCUCGACUCGACUGUUCUGCAAGCCUUACCUCGAGGUCCUAUCGUCCUUUCAUCAGAGGGAAAUAUUUUCGAGAUUGUCAUUGAGAGUCAAAGUCUCAAAAUAAAUGGGUUAGCGCUCAUUCCCUUUGCAGUUAUCACAGGACUACACGUACUAUUUGCUGGUCUCGCUUUCCUUACUUUCCUUCCACUAUACCUUGUCUUGGGCGUAGUCUGGCGAUUCUCGGUCCUCACCGGCUACCCAGUCGACGAAGCUAAGAACAGAAAAUGGCGCAUGGGGUUCUUGAUCACGUUCGCUGUCCUGGGCGUGGUUGGUAUUAUCCUUGGUAUUACUGGUAUGGGAAGUGCAAGUCAUUUCCGGGAUACACAUGGGAUCAUGGGUCUCGUCUGUCUCAUCUUCAUCUUCCCGGCAGUUGGCUUCACCGUCGCUCGCUUACGCACCGAGCUCCCGCACCCCGACCCUUCGACAUUCGCCGGUGUAAAAGGUCCUAUAGCGCUUGCCAAGACGCCGCAACGCAUCUACCUCAUUAGCGGCAUCAAUACCCAACUCUUAUUAGGUCUCGGCCAGUUAACCUUCUUGCAAGGCUUCUCUACGCUGCGUGCAAUAUCACUUUGCAUCGUUGACGCGAUUCUCACCUCCACAAGUGUUGCUGGUCUUGUGAGCUUCGUGCUGAUGAUACAGAUCAGUGCUACAGCGUUAGUUGGCAUCAGAGCAUGGCUAGAACAGCAUAUCGCCAAAAAAGAAGCAUCGGGUAUUAAACCAAUGACCGCUACUGUUUUUGGAAGUCAUGGACGGAGCGACACAAUAGCCACAUUUGGUUUCGAUCGAAAAGAUCCACCGCCCGCUCUCAACUUCAAAUCCAACAAAUCGAAGCUUCCACAGAGAAAGACGGAUGAACUCAAGGGCUCUGAAGAUAAUGGCAUCAGCACACCAUUCAACUUCCGGAAAGAAGGUAGCAUGACUGAGAUGGAUACACGAGAAGACCCUUUCCUGUCACCAGAAGAGCGACUCAACUACCAGGAGCGAGGUAUCUAUAACCCCAAGACGGGAGGCUACACCUAUCCGGCCCAGGGCAUUGACAACGAUGACUUCUACAAUAUGUCGGCGACUUAUGGAGAGCGCCGCCCAUCAUCAGGCGUAUUUGAUCCCUUGCGAUCUCCUCGUCCUCCGAUCGCGGCAGACAACGGGCCAAGAAUGACGGGUGUUACAGUACAGGAUCUAUGGCCUCCGCCAAUGCCGGAAGCGUCGAGAAUAUACAUGACCUCGAAGACUCAAACAACUGUCAGUAGUAGGUACAGCAGGCCGAUAGAUGGGAAUGUACCGGUAAGGGAUAGCUUCAUGGGCUUUGGGAACCGGUAA